CUUUUUCAUUUAUUAUUUUUUUUUCCUCUCAUUUGUUUGUUCUUUCUUUCCCCUAUUCGUAGUCUCGUGAGACGUUCGAGUGCCAUUUUUGUCAAAUCUUUAUCUCUAUCUACUUUAGUUCGUGAAGAACCUGAUUCUUCUGAACAUGAGGGACGAAUUCGCCUUUUCCUUUUUGGUUCUCUUUGAUGACUUUUUUGAUUUCUCUCUUUUUUCCUUUAUCUCUGAUUUCUCACCUACACCACCUCUCUCUCAAGCUUCUUCUGUGCCAAGCGAGCAAGAGAGGAAGAAGAGAAAUAUAGAGACAGGGAAGGAGAGACAGAGAAAGAGAGAAAUCUGGAAACAAAAUUAGUUUUAUUUUCUUCGAAAAACGCGAAUCCCCCCAGCCCCCCUUUUUUCGGUUUCCUUCCCGACGUUAUCGUCGUUAAGAAAAAAGAGGAAAAACAAACACCUACCCCCCGUGAGAUCGUUUCUUUCAUUCAAUCCGACAGAUCAUCUCGGCUUUAAACUCGCUUUCACUUCUUGGGUUCUUCUUCAGUUCUCAUUUCAUCUGUUCCGAGUGUCACGCAUGUUAAAAUAGAAAUGUAAAGGAUCAAAACAAAGAUCUUUUAUUGUAACUGAUGAACGAGGUCGUUUUUCCUCUAGUGAAGGACCUGGAUAGAAGAAGAAGAGCAGAAGGAUCUGGGGUUCACGCACGAAAUUCUCUGCUUCGUUUUCUGAGAUUGAUUUCAAUCAAUUGGAGCCGUGGAAGGUGUUAUCCAUCGAUAUAAAUUGCUCAGAAAUGGACAAACUCCGAGAGUUGAGACGCGGAGUAAGUCGGUCUUCACCCGCGAAGCGACAGACUAAGCAAUCUGGACACAAACUAAUCUCCGGUAAGGUUCUGAACGGUGGAGAGAAUGUGGAUUCUACGGAAAGAUCGAAGAAAGAGAAAGUUAGAGGUUCCAAUCACGUAAACAGAGGAGGCAGUUCAAGCAACGAAGACAGCGAAAUGAUCGGUGGCUCUGAAGGAGAAGAGGAGCUCCGGCAACCGCGGCAACCACUACCACCGCCUACCACUGGUAGUAACAAGAGAACAAAGUUUCCCAAAAAGUCAUUUGAUGAAUGCAAUGGCGUUGAUCCCGCUGCUGUCCCACGGAAGCUACGGUCAGCUAUGAACAAGCGUACUCGAGAAUCCAUGUCACCACCUUCCCCGGCUGCAAAGAAGCUGCACAAGACUUCAUUAGAUAGAAUUGAAACACCUCAAAUCAAUGGUGUGAAGAAAAUGAAACCGGGGAUGAAGCAAGUUGGUGGCUCAGUUGGGUCCUUGAAGCAGCCCAUCUCUGGACCUAUUACUAAGGAUGAGGAAGAAGUUGUGGAGACUUUGUAUGCUUUGGCCAGAAUGGUCCCUGACAACCCUGUUAGGCAUCAAAUUGAAGAUAAAACCUUAGAAACCAAGUCUUCUCUAUUGCCAAAGGCUAAGGAGAUCUCAUUGCCUGCCUCCGAAGUUCCAGAAGAGGAAAGCAAGAAGUUACCACUUGCCUCUAACACUGCUGAGGCUAACAAGACAGAAAGCUUCACUGGAGAUCCAGUAGUCAGCAACUUGACUGAGUGCACUACUCCGGACCAGCCCUCCGUCACUGAGAACCAGAAACUUGGUAUUGGAUCAAAUAAUCCUCCAAUUCAUGCCGAUCUCCACAGGGUUCCUUUGUUGUCUAAGACUGGUGAAAUGCCAUUUUGCAUUGCUGAGAGAUUGAGAGAUCCAUCUGAACUAUGCCCUGAUACUGGAUUGGUACAGCCAAAACAACAUGAUAACCAUCUUCCUAGGAGAAAAACAGAAAACAUGUUUUGGCCGGUUACAGGUGUUGAAGUGGAACAAGGACAACAAAAUCAUAUUAAUGGGACCAAGGACAAUGUGACUUGUCUUUCACGUACAGAAGGGGGUCCAGUUCUGUGGCCUGGUUUGUGUACAGCAGGAUUAUGUGUUGAUGAGCUUCAUCAUCCUUUAGAACGGCCCUCUUCAACCAAAGCCCCAGCUUGGCUUGAUACUGCCACUUGUUCCAUUAGACCCAGCUCUGCAGAAAAUAUUGUUUUGACUGAAAAGGUUUCACCAGUUGUUGAGAGAAACCAGUCUUGGAAGAGAUGUGUAGCUCAUGUUUACAUAAGCCAUCUAAUCCAGGCAUCCCGAACUGCAGACGAGACGAAUAGGUGUUCAAUUCCUUCUGAUCAAUUGAAAGCAAAGGAAGGAAUGCAGUCAGGUCUUGUGGCAAGCAGCAAUCCUAUGGGGAGAGAUGGUUUGAAUGGGGUUAUCUCUGCCAUCAGCAGUGAUGCAUCUCCUACUAAGAAAAGUCUGAAUGAUCAGAGACUUGGUAUUCCAUUGGAGAAGAGGAUCCAGCAAGAUCAGAAACAGGCUGCUACGACAUCUGGGAUGUAUGCUCAGCAGAAUCAGAGUUGUAAUUUUCUGUCCUUGUCAUCUGGCGAUGGUGGCUUAGAAGCUAGUUGUACUGAUAAUAGUAACAACAAGAGUGGAAAUAUUCUAGUAGGAAAUGGACUGGAGCAAUCUACACAACUCCAUGUUCCUUACUUACAUUCACUUGUCCAGCACCAUCCACUCUUGCCUUUCUCCAUGCCACAGACUCGCUAUUCAUCUAGUCAUUAUCCGGAUCAGCUCACAGCAGCAGCAACAGGACAGCAGGUACAAGUGCAAGUCCCUCAAUAUUUGGGCAGUCCAUUCUAUGGGGCACCUCAUUUGGGUCAUGCAGGCGUAGUGAAACGGCAGCAACACUCGCAAUCAGCUCAUAUGUGGGCAGCCCAGAUGGCAACACACUAUAGAUCCACGGGAAUUCUUGGGUCCCAUUUGCCCAAGUGGCACAAUGGGAGACUGGAGACUACUACCCCUUUCAUCCCUUGUGCUCAAGCAAUCCACCCUACAACUACACCCACUUCAUUGGAAGCGGGACUCAGUGCCAACAGCUCUACUGGUCAACAGCAACAGCACUUCUUUGCCAUGUCUCCAUCAUCAUCCUCCCACAGAGGAAAGAAGCAGCAGCAACACCACCACCUUCCAAGCGGCUAUAACCAGGUUGAUGGUGGGUUCCAUUCAGAGGGCUCAUCUCGGAAGCAGUUGCUCUGCAAUACUGAACAUGUGUAACUGGAAGGUAACCUGGUGUUCUGACUGUCAACGAUCGAGAUGCAUGGAUGGGUUAAUUGUUUAAUUCUUUCUUUAUGCUUAUGCAAUCAUUGGGUUUUCACAACCCAAGUCCAGAGUCUCAAGACUUCGUAUAGCAACCGCCAGGGUAUUAUUCGCUUGUUUUUCAUGAGCUGUGGAUGAUUGGAAGUGUAAGAUGGUGGCAUUCAGGGUGCGAGGUGCGACGAUGUUUAUAAAGGGAAAGCAGGGGAAGCUAAUUGGCAAAGACUUGUAGAGUUGCAAGUUGGGACAAUGGAUCGAACUUAAGGACAUUGGGAGAUUUGUAAUUGAAAUACUAAUACUUGAGGAAACAAAAAACAGUGUAUAAACUCAUUUAUGUGAGAUGUAGAAAGACCAUGUUUUGGCGAGUCAAACAAAACGUUUCCCUCC